AUGCUUCCUCGGCUAGGGGACCUCGAAAUACCCUUUUUGGCGGAACACAAGAAAAUUGAGUUUAGUAAGAGAGUAAGAAAAUGUUCAUAUUUAAUUAUGUCAUCAAAACAACGUUUAUCACCAACAAAACUAUUUAAUACAACAAAUUUAAAUUCAAAUAAAAAAGAUUUUUCAAAUAAUAUUUUAGAAAAUAUCGUACAUUGGUCUCAAACAUGUCAUGAUACUAUACUAUGUUGUAGUAGUAGUAGUAAUAGUAGCGAUGAUUCUUUCUCAAAAUGUUUAAUAUUGCCGCUGAAGGGUGGCUCCGAUAAUGGCCAAUUUGUUUAUUUUGGUGAUGCAAUUUUACUAAAUAAUAAAUCAAAUGUGAAAAUAGUCGAAGGCGGUAAAAUAAAUCAAGAUGAAAUAAUAAUUAAAAUUGAUCAACAUAAAAUAGCCGGAUGUACGCUGCAAGAUGUUCAAACAUUAAUUCAAACAAAAUCAACGAAUGGACAAAAAAUUAUAUUAAAAACGUGUAAAACAGGUGAAUAG